AUUUUAAUAAAUAUAAAAUUUACCGAUAUUUUGGAUACCUACUAGCUAAUAUAUAUUUCGUUAAUUUUAUUUCGAGUUUAUAGAGUUGGGUUAACCUGUUUUAUGGUGUGGUAUAUGGGCACAUAAUAUGGCAAGGUAUUUGAAUCGAAGAGAUGGACCAAGUUAUGGAAUCUAUUUGGAUGAAUUGGAUGAAAAUGAGGAUUAUAAGUUAAACGAGUUGAACCAACGCUCUGAAAAAUACUUAGAGCUCAAAAUGAAAAACGUGGAUUUGAAAGUUACAGAACACGAGGCAGGAUUAUCGGUAAUUGAUUCAAAAAUAUCAUAUUUAAAUGUCAAAAGGAAAAAUGACAGCUUGAAAGAUGAAGAACUAGAAAUAGAAUCUAAUAACCAUUCUACCGAUGCUCAAGACGCCAAAAACCUGUUAAUUGAGUUAAUCGAGUUAAUAGUAAAUAAUAAGGAAACUAUUAAUUUCAAGUAUGUUUGCAAUUUGGAAUGGAUUGCAAGGCUAUUGGACUAUAAAAAACUCGUACGUAUAAGGCAUAGUCAAAAUAUUAAAUUUUACAUUAUUAUUUACAUAAACUGUUUAAGAAACCCAGCCUCCAAAGAAAACAAAGUUUAUAAUAUCAUAUGUACUAAAGAAAAUCUUUUAAUUUAUCUGACAUAUCUAAAAUCAGAACUGAAAAAUGAACGUAAUAGAACAAAUAUACCGAAAACGCUGAACGAAGACUGUAUCUCCUUAAAAAAUAUAUUUUAUUUGAGGAACAUACUACAACAUUUAAAAUUUGCUGCCUCAGAUAAAAUAAACCGUUAUAAUGAUCUUUGUGAAUUAGUAAUUGAAAGAACAUUACAAAUUUUAGCUGAAAAUCUGAGAGAUGUUUCUAGCUCAAUAGCUAAUAUAAUGAUACAAUACGAGGAAAAUAAUAUUCCACUAAAAUCCUUAUUGACCUUCAUACGUAAUCAAUUAUCCCAUUCAAUUUUGCUUUACAAAAAAAUGAACAUGGAAUCUAAAAAUAAAUUUAGAAGAUUGCAAAAUGAUUUUAGUGUACUUUUUACUAUACUGUGGGAAAUUCUAGAAAAAGAAAUAAUUGCCGUUCUAAGGAAAAAAAUUAAGAACAUGAUAGAAAUGGGAGAUAUUAAGGAGUUGGAAGCAAUACUAGUCACAAUUAUGGACAAUGAACCAGUUUUUGUUGAAAAACCUAUCAUAAAUAAUAUAAAUAGAUUGAACAUAAAAGAAAUCCAAACUAAAAUUACAAAUUAUGAUGAAAGUUAUGGUAACAUGUAUUUAGGAAUGCUACUUGUAACACUCCAUAAAGAAACAGGAGAAGAAUACAAUAAUAUCUUCGAGGAGAUUUAUUCGUAUUUAGAAUUAGACGGCAAGGAAAAUAAAGAAAUAUCUGAAAAUUUUAGACUUUUUGUAUAUCAAAUUUUAGAACUAAGAACGUGGUCAAAUAUAGAGCGUAUCAAAGAGGUUAUUAAACCAUUCUUAAGUGAGACUAAUUCUAAACAUAUUGCUUCUAUAAAAAACCAAAUAGAACGUAUAAACGAAGGUAAUAUUAAUAGAUCCACAUAUACCAAUAGAAAGGUUUCAAAAAUUAUUAACAAAAUAAAUAAUUUUAUCGAGAGUAAUUCGGUUGAAUUGUUGGAAACAAGAAGAUUGCGUUCGGAAAUCACAAUAAAUACUAAAGAAAAAUUUAAAAUAAUGAAAAAAAUUAAAUUUAAAAUAAAUCAUAAAUAUCAUGAAAAUUUUGAAGUGUCUAAGAAGGACGCAGGAAGCAUUCAGGGCGAGGUAGAUUUAAAAAAACUAGAAAACAAAAUUACCAAUUUUUUUCUGGAGAAAGCUAAAAAUACGGCCAGAAAUAAUAGACAGAAUAAUAGAAACAAGUAUAUUGAAAAAACUGUUAAAAAAACGUUUAACACGUACUUAAAUAAUCGGAUCACCGAAAGAGCAAAUAUGUUACAUCCUAAAAAUAACUAUAACAUUAACAACAGUUUCGUGGUAAUGGCAGCUCAGAAAGUGAUAGUUUUAGACUUGCUGGAUUGUUUAACAUGGCUACAUGAUACAACAGUCGAUUUGUGUUGUACCGCAGAAUUAGUUCCGAUAUAUAUCGAGACAAAGUUAAGAAAUUUACUGGCUCAUUCUUCAGAUAUUUUACCAACGAUUUUACCUAUGAAUCUCGACGUACCGGUCUUGUGGUAUAACUACAAAUUUCGAAAUUACAAUACAAUAUUUGGAUUAAAAAACGAACAGAAAGAAAACAUUAAAUUUCGACAAUGCGAUAAAAAAUCCGAGAACCUGAAAUUAAAAAGAAACAACAACGGAAUCAAUCCAGAUGUUAUAGCAAACUACAAGAAUCAUUUGAAAAUUGCCGAUGAAUUAGAUAAGUUUUUUGAAAGCGCUCGGAAAGGAGAUAAAAAAGGAAUUAAGUUGUAUCUAGAGUGUGAAAUGGACUUAACGAUUGUCGAUUUAGAAGGAAUGACGGUGUUAGAUCGAGCCAUUCAGUCAAAACAUGUUAAUUUCGUGAAAUAUUUAAUAGAGGAAGAACGAGCCAAAGUUACUACCAAACAACUUGAAGUCGCUAUACUACACAAGUACAGCGAUUUAAGGUAUUUACUAACAAAGGCCGAUAGGUCCUUAAGCGAUUCUUUUGACGCUGAAGGUACUUACAAAACUACAAAUAAAAAUACUCUUCUCAAUAUUGCUGCCGAAACCGGAAAUUGUGAAUUUUUCCAGUUCCUUAUUGAUCAAAAACAAAAACUCAGAAGCAUCCAUUUAAGUUCGGCUUUUGAAUUAGCCUGCAAAAAUGGUCGCCCCAACAUUGUCAAUCUGAUACUUAAUGAGUAUGGUAAUUUUCUAGUUAAUAUUCAUUCGGUUCAUCGUGCCCUAACAUUGUCCAUAAAAUAUCACCAGAUCAACAUUGUACCCUUACUUUUGCAACACAUUUCUGACGUAAAUGACGCAAAGAUCAUUUCGAACUUUUAUCUGGCUGCUCAACUGGGUUGUACGAGUACGGUCUUGGAGUUCAUCAGAAGAAAUAUCGAUAUAAACUGUCAAGAUUCGGAUGGUUGGAGUGCUUUGCACCAUGGCGCUCACAAAGGUUGUAUCAAUGUAGUUCAAAUUCUAAUAGAACAUAAAGCAGAUUGUAAAUUAACCAACAAUAAUGGUUUCACGCCACUAGAAUUAGCACACGAUAGCACUAUCAGAGAAGUCUUAAGCAAAUACGUAUAAAUCGUGUUACAGCGUUUUCAGGUGGAGCGAAGCAUCCGCGACUUCGAGCAAGUACCAUGAGUUUAUAUGAACGAUUUCACAUGGGUCGCGUAUGCUCCGUCCGGAUAAGCGAUAUUGAAAAAACAUCCGUGCGUACGCUCCGCGCGUACGGUCCGCUCCAUCUAAAAGCGCUGUAAUACAUUCUACUAACUCAUAAAAAAUUAACAUUUUUAUAUUUAUUUUUUUGAUAAGUAGGUCAAUACUGGUUGGGCGAAUAUAUUAAUUAAAAAAAAACAAACCAUGUUUUUUUAAUUAUAUACAUUAUAUUUUUAAUAAAAUUGUACAUCGUGUUAAAGACGCUACUUAAUACAGUUAUUUUUCUACAACUCAUAAAAAAUUAACAAUUUUAUAUUUAUUUUAGUUUGAUAAGUAGGUCAAUAUUGGUUGCCCGAAUAUAUUAAUUAAUAUUUACAAACAAUUUUUUUUUAAUUAUAUACAUUAUGCUUUUAAUAAAACUGUAGAAAACUUUGUUAUCUCGUUUUAUUGUAUAAGUAAUCGGCUCGGUGUUGUUUGCAAUCCUUUUAAUUGAACCUAUUUGAGAACCAAUUAAUAAAUGUACAUUAAUAAUUUUAAAAAAUAUAUAUAUUUAGUUGUGAUAUUUUUAUAACGGCGCUAGUGAAAAAACUAGAAGAAAUAUUUAGGUAUAGAGACAUUACUAUACAGGGUGAAUCUAUUUGUUUUAGUUUGAAAAGUAGGUCAAUAUUGGUUGGGCGAAUAUAUUAAUUAAUAUAAGCAAACCAUUUUUUUUAAUUAUAUACAUUAUAUUUUUAAUAAAACUGUACAUCGUGUUAAAGACGCUACUUAAUACAGUUAUUUUUCUACAACUCAUAAAAAAUUAACAAUUUUAUAUUUAUUUUAGUUUGAUAAGUAGGUUAAUAUUGGUUGCCCGAAUAUAUUAAUUAAUAUUUACAAACAAUUUUUUUUAAUUAUAUACAUUAUGCUGUUAAUAAAACUGUAGAAAACUUUGUUAUCUCGUUUUAUUGUAUAAGUAAUCGGCUCGGUGUUGUUUGCAAUCCUUUUAAUUGAAUCCUUUAAUUGAAUAAAACUGUACAUCGUGUUAAAGACGCUACUUAAUACAGUUAUUUUUUUACAACUCAUAAAAAAUUAACAAUUUUAUAUUUAUUUUAGUUUGAUAAGUAGGUCAAUAUUGGUUGCGCGAAUAUAUUAAUUGACAUUAACAUUAUUU